GAGCGCUCCGAGCACUUGUGCCGUGUGUGAUACCGAAGAAGCAGUAGUCCUUCUAAUUCCACAGCUAAACGAGCAACCAGGAUAAUAAUGCUUUACUCCAACCUCAUCAGCGCCGCCUCGGUGUUCCAGUUGAACCUCCCUAACGUGGAGCCGUUGACGCCGCGUUCGCCUUAUGGCACGGACCGUGUGUUCCAUUUCUCCCCAUCUUCCCCGUCUUGCUCAUCUGGCGGCAUACCUUCUCCGCGAGUGAGAUCCCCGUGCCCAGCGAGGAAAACCAGCUUCACGAUCGAAGCCAUCCUCGGCCUCAGCCCUCACUACAAUGAAAAGCCAGUGAACAGACAAACUCUACCGACCCCAACAAUCUGCAAAGAUUCCAUUACUCCACCACCUCAAGGCAACCCCCUGAAGAGAAAAGCGUCCGACAUCGGCGGGACCAAAGCCAAGAGAAACCGAACGAUAUUCACUCCGGACCAGCUCGACAAAUUGGAAGCCGUGUUCGUGCGACAGCCGUACAUGGUGGGACCCGACCGGGAAGCUCUCGCGCAUUCGCUGGGUCUGACGCAAUCUCAGGUCAAGGUUUGGUUCCAAAACCGAAGAAUCAAGCUCCGAAAAACGGAACGCGAGAACAACCAUCGAGUGCUUGGCAUGAGGAAAAACUCGGACUCCGAAGAUCUCGCUGAGAUGUCCGACGAGCGAGGCAGCGACUGCAGGGAGAAGGAAUUCGAUUACAGCGAUGCCUAA